ACUCUAGAAAGCGGUUUUCACUGAGGAGAGAGAGCAGAGCCAAGUAGAGGGAGAAAAAUGGAGGACAAGGAAGAGGAUGUUAGAGAGGGAGCCAACAAGUUCCCAGAGAGGCAGCCUAUUGGUACGGCGGCGCAGAGCCAAGAUGAAGGCGGCAGGGACUACACGGAGCCACCACCGGCGCCACUUUUUGAGCCUGGUGAGCUCACAUCUUGGUCUUUCUACAGGGCCGGGGUGGCAGAGUUCAUGGCUACUUUCCUUUUCUUGUACAUCACUGUUUUGACUGUUAUGGGUGUUCUCAGCGCACCAACCAAGUGCCAAAGCGUCGGAAUUCAGGGGAUUGCUUGGGCCUUCGGUGGCAUGAUCUUCGCCCUCGUCUACUGUACAGCCGGCAUCUCCGGUGGUCAUAUUAAUCCGGCGGUGACAUUUGGAUUGUUCUUGGCAAGGAAGUUGUCCUUGACAAGAGCACUCUUUUACAUGGUGAUGCAGUGUCUUGGCGCCAUAUGCGGUGCUGGUGUGGUGAAGGGAUUCAUGGGGGACCGCCGUUACGAGGUGUUGGGUGGCGGAGCCAACUCUGUAAACCACGGCUACACCAAGGGCGACGGUCUUGGUGCUGAGAUCAUCGGCACCUUUGUCCUUGUCUACACCGUAUUCUCCGCCACCGAUGCCAAGCGAAGUGCCAGAGACUCUCACGUCCCUAUUUUGGCUCCUCUCCCAAUUGGGUUUGCGGUGUUCUUGGUACACUUGGCCACCAUCCCCAUCACCGGAACCGGUAUAAACCCAGCUAGGAGUUUGGGUGCCGCCAUCAUCUUCAACAAGAAGAGCGCUUGGAAUGAUCACUGGAUUUUCUGGGUGGGACCAUUCAUUGGAGCAGCCUUGGCAGCUCUAUACCACCAAGUGGUGAUCAGAGCCAUUCCAUUCAAAAACAAGUGAAGGAUGAUCAUGUGAUGUGAUUAUUGAUGCUUUUUAUCGGUGUCUGGUUGAUGUCUUUUUCCAUUUCCUUCGUUUGGAAUGUCCUUGUGUAUUCUGUAUGUAAGAAAUGUACCCCACCACGCUGCAUCCUCCAAGGGCCUUCUUUCUUCUGAAUCUUUUUUUUUUUUUUUUCCUUUAAUGAAAGUAAAGGUAUUAUCACUUAUCCUCAUCAGUGGGCCUGUGUUAAUUUGAUUGGGCAUUGCAGUGCACUGUAUGAGAUCUGUAUCCAUCUUUUUCUUCUAUAUGUGAAAUGUCCUUUUCAUAAUUUCAGAAUAAAACCUACCCAAAACU